UUCAAUAACAUGCGUUUGUAUGCGCUGCAAGGCAUGGUAUUUCCGAGCAAUGUGGUGUCAACAUAUAUCCACGACUUCAUAGUUUCAUUCAGCGCUAGAGAUGCUAGAGAUUGUUGACCUUUCGUUAAUCGGACGCGCAAGCUAGCGGAGAGCCGUUGUGCGGAGGAGGUCCAUUCGGCGCUGCGCCAAAACCAGCGGCCCGGCCCGUCUUGUUCGAAGCAGACGGCUUUUCUCAUUGGGCGCUUGUCGCUAAACCGCAGCCGAUUUCGUGUUCUCAAGUGCGUAGUGCGGCGGCAACAGCUCUCCGAACUUUGAACGCGCCGUCCCUUUACUGCCGGAAUGGAGUGUCUGUAUGUGGAGGAGGCUGCAUUGCACAACCUGCUCCCUGCAGACAAUGCAGCUGCGAGCAUGGCUGAAAGCUGGACGGCCAAUGUCGCGCGGGACUUCCCUGCCCAGGUUGUCUCUGUGGCACCCAAUGACGGCUCUCGGCAGCUCCAUCUGCGAGUGCAGGCAGACACCCUGCAUGGUGAGGCAGUGUUCGUGUGCGGCAGCACCCCACAGCUGGGAGAUUGGCAGGUGUCACGUGCACUCGAGAUGCAUCUUGAGGAUCCUGCAAUGAAAGUGUGGGGCGUGAAGGUAUCUGCACCGCUUCACAAGACGCUGGAGUUCCGUUACCUGAUUGGCAUCAUGCUGGAGAAUGGCAAUGUCAUUGUGCGCAGGUGGGAGACAGUCAGGCAUCCACGUUCGAUCAGCGCCAAUGAACUGACUAUGGACCGCAACGCCGCCAUCGACAUGUUUGGCAACUACGAUGGCGAGGACAAAGUUGAGCCCGGCUGGCUGACUUCAGAGUCCAUAGUGCACCUCAAGAUGUUUGACAACCCCAUUGUGCUGUGGAAGCGCAAGUACAAGUCUGUGCCCAUCUCUUACCACAUCACCCCAAUCGACAUCUCUGUUCGGAACAGUGAUACAGGACCAACGUGUGAAGAGAGUGACCAGCAUAGCAACAUCUCUGACUUUGAGUGCGUCAAGUGGCCAGUCAUUGAAAUAGCUGUCAUGAAAGAAGGUGAAUACGAGUUCAAGAAGCAGAAUCAGUUCGGAAACAUCUAUGUGCCUGAAGACUUUGUCAUCUUCCAGGCGCAGGUUAUGGAUUCGUCCAAUAUUGCAUACAUGGUUGACUUCUACAUGCAUCGGAGUACCACAGAGCCUAGCAUUCCUGAGCACAUCGGUUUCAGCUACAUCCUACCAGGGAACAUGAAGGAGACCUUCGGGACGUGCACUGUGCCCAUUACUGGCACCCGACACCAGCCACUUGGCCAGCUCAAUGUGUCAUACCUGAUCAUCAAGCCCCUGGCCAGUUACUCGUGCAACUGCCGAGAGACUUACUCCAAGUUCUGGAAGAAGACAAAUCGGGGACUGGAUGUGGGGCACAGAGGUUCUGGCAAUGCACGGCGUACAGACAAGGUUGAAAACGUCCUGGAGAACACUGUUGCUUCUUUCAACUAUGCGGCAAAGCACGGUGCAGACAUGGUGGAACUGGAUGUGCAGCUUUCAAAGGACAAGGUUCCAGUCAUCUACCAUGACUACCACAUAUGCAUCUGCAUGAAGAAGCGAAAGUCUCCGCUGCAAGAGGAGGAGAAGCUGCAGCUUGCGGUGAAGGACUUGACAGUAGCACAGCUGCAGCGGCUCAAGCUAGCACCUGCAGCGCACGAGAGCCACCACUACGACUUUCGCGAGGAUGACCUCGAGGACAACCAGCCGUUCCCAACGUUGCAACACGUGCUCGAGGCAGUUGACCCCUCGGUCGGCUUCAACGUUGAGAUAAAGUGCCCGAUGCAGUUUCGUGAUGGCACAUGGGAAAUGGACCUAAACUUUGAUAUCAACCAGUACGUGGACAUCAUACUGUGCACUUUGCUCGACUUCAGUUCAAAGCGCUACAUUAUUCUCUCCUGCUUCCACCCAGACAUCUGCACCAUGAUCCGGCUUAAACAGAACAAGUACCCACUUCUCUUCCUGACCCAGGGCCAGACAGACAAGUACCCACCCUACUUGGACACACGCACUUCUACGAUCCAAAUGGGCACCUACUUUGCCCUCUGCACCCACAUUUUGGGAAUCAAUGUGCACACGGAAGAGCUGCUCCGUGAGCCAAGUCUCAUCACUUUUGUGAAGGAGCACAAGCUGAUCCUUUUCUGCUGGGGUGAUGACAACAACCACAGCGAGACCAUCUCUAGUCUCAAGCGCAAAGGCGUCGACGGUGUGAUCUAUGACAAGCUGGACUUGUUCAUAACACGUGGUCCGGAGAACGAGAGUAUUUUCCACGUGGAUGCUGGUUCGACGGUAAGUCUGCUCGAGGCGGCCAGCAACAGCUGCUCCAGGGAGACCCUGCCUGAGAACAGUGUGUCUUCAGCCACCCCUUCCUGCAGCGUGGGCGGCUCCUAGCUCUUUUCCUGCCUUCCUUGGUGCAAUGCUGCAGGUUGGAGCUGACGAGAGGAAGAAGCGGCUGUGCAUGCAUGUCAUGCCUCUGCCAAACUUCCCGUCUUCCUUACACUGUGUGACAGUUACGCUUAGUGGCCCCUCUCAUAAUUCCAGCUGUCAUUUGCACUGGCAGAAUCGCUUGCCUUCCUCUCGCUUUCUGAAUGUCAGGCACCGCUUCGAAAACUGCUAUGUGGCACCCAAGUCCUGGGUUCAUUUACUUGUCUUAGCCUUCACCGUUGACCUGUACUGCUCGUAGAUUGUGGUCUGUGCGAGCCAAUGGUGACAGUGUGAGUCACUGAAAUAGCUUCCCAAGAAUGUGAGAGGACAUUGGAUAUUGCCCAAUUGGAUGUAGCACUGUGGGUUGCCAGCACUGUUGUCUUAUAUAUAUUUCUGUUGAAUGAAGCUGCUCUGGGCCAGCACUGUUGCCGUUUAUGAGCUAAUGACGUAGUCUGCCAGUGGUGAGGCAAGGAAAUGAUACGGAGUUGGCAACAUGGCAGAUCACUGUCAUUGUUGGAAAGCAAUACUGUCAGCAGGAGUGCUGCGCAGUCAACUGGGUAGUGAGCCAUGAGAAUAACAGGCCUCCUCAGUUAGGAUGCUGACAUUCUUGCACCUGGACAUUACUGAAUUGUCAAGGAAGUAGCUUCUCAUGAACAGUGCAAAGCAGUCAAGGCAAAGCACAAUAGGGCACCCUACAUAACAGAAAUAAACAAGCCCUUUGGUACAAAGGCCAUUGUCAUGGCUUCCCAAAAAUAGUCGUUGCCGCAUGUUUCGGAGAAGUGUAUAUGUAGAAACAGGACUUACAAAGAAAUGUAUGCAAGACCUCUAUUAUAUAGAUUUUCAUGUAAAAGAAUUAUUUUGGCCUUUCUCAUCUCCCCCUCCCCCUUUUUUUAAUUGUGGUUAUAGUGAUGCCACAUUGUGACACUUUGUUAUCUAGCGAUGUUGUGGUGGAUGCUGCUCACAAAUUUUUGCAGUGAAACCCCUUGUAGUGCCACAUUGAUCCAUGCUUGGUUAAAACGACACCACUCAGUGCCUGUUUUGCCAUAAACUAUGAAUAAUUGCGGAGUUGAUGUAGGGCUUUGUGAAAUAAUGCAGUUCUUCCUGGCUCUUGACCUGUCUUUACCUUUUGCUGAUCGAGUUGUAUAUGCGGGUGUAUGGACUCUUGAAUUAAGUGUGCGUGUAUAUAUGUGUGUGUGCACAUUGUUUUUUGUGAAGAAGACCAAGACCUAAGGGGGUGAAGCCGAGGGGAAGAUUUCUAUGCCCCUAAAUAGGAAAGGAGACUGCAGGCAUUCACAAGGAAUUGUUUGGCUGUCUUAUCUCCUUCCUGUCUAUAAUUAUGAAUGGCGUGCACAGCAUCAUUAAUGUGCAUUUGUGCCAUCUUGAAGUGCCUGCUUGUGUGGAGUGUUUAUUAGGGCUCGGACUUAUGUGCAAGUCAGCAUACUUGCAUCUGAUGGAGGAUUAUUUGUCCUUCUUUUUUUGCUACAAACGUUUAGGUACAGAAGCAAUAUAGUUUCACCAGUGUUCUUGAGCUCCAAUAGGGGGUUAUGUGAAGUUCUGCAAGUUCAUUUCUCCGCAGAUUUGGUGUGACCCACACAUGAUGGUGGACGUUGCCUUUGGAGGGUAAAUAUAGCAGCAGAGCACAAGCUAGUGCUGCUAUUCUUGCCACUAUCUCUCGCUUACGACUUGCUCUUUGCAAGCGUAGCUUCAGUUCAAUGUAGCCGCAAGUGGGAGGUCAGCCAUCUUGUGUAGGACCACGUAAUAGGGAGGAAGUCUACUUCCAGUAUUUCGUGUAUCCUCAUUUCCCAAUCACCUGAUGGUACAGUUGCUGUUCUUUGUGCUAUGCCUAAGCACCAAGCUGAAGCAACAGCUUUUGCUAGUUGUGGCAAAAAAAACUGACUAGAAGGAGGGUGUUAGUUUCUUAUGCACAUUGGUAGAGAGUGCAAAGUAAAAGCAUGAGGACACAUCAGCUGAAAUGAUCACUGGCCCUUAGUGCAUAUUUCUUCAUUAAUGCCAUAUUUGUAUAGCAGAUGGAGGAGAAUGUUGCAAUCCUCAGCUUGGUACCAUAACUUGUUGUGGCGACAGUGACGAUUGCCAGCCAGGGGAAUUAUUCCCGUCUACAAGGGCACCUGACUGCUAAUGUUUGGCUUGAACUUGAUGGUUCCCCGAUUCUGCUUUUGGCCUUCGUGCUUUAUUUGUUUGGCAAGGGUAUUAUUGGGUGUUUGGUACCACAGCAGGUGAAUUUAAAAUGCUACAUUAGUAAGCUCAAGCUGAUUUAGGUAAUCUUAUGGUAUUUAGUAGUUCAUUUAUUGCUGUGAAAUUACUGACGAAGCUGUUGCCACUUUAUUAUCAUUGUUAUGCCAUAACCUGAUAUGAAAUUUUUUUAAAUUCUAAUGCAGCACAAGGCACGGUUCUGCGAUAACAGUUUAAACUUGAAGCAAAAGAAUAUGUCAUGAAAUGUCUUAUUGGUAGCGAGUCUUGUUUAUUGUAGUACAAUAAAUCUGCUUCAAGCUGCAAAGAAUUCGCAGUUUUAAAUACAAUGGAAUUUGUAUGCCCGCAGGCAAAUAACUGUUGAAAAAUUUAGCAUAAGGAGGUGCUUGUAAAAGGAAAAGAUGAAUUCAUAAUGUCGUCAGCUAAAUAUCAUUUUAAUUCCCACAUGUGGCAUUACAAGACGCGCGAGCUCCAAGGCCAUGGAAGGCAUUGUGUAGAAGCUGAGGUUUGUCAAUAGGGAUCUGUUGUUUCCUCUAUACCCUUGCAGUCUGUAGUGUGCCGCAAGCACAAUGCUCCCGCCAAGGGCUGGACUACGUGUUGAAUCACCUUUUGUGCAUGUAUAUGUGUUUCCAUGGGUCAGUGUAAAUGAGGAUGACAGCUUUUCUUCUCUAGUGUAGUGUGCAUUUCUUAUUGGUCGAGUGUCUAUAUGCAUAGUUUUAAGGUUGAAAGGCGCAGAAUUGGAGGGGAGGUGUGUGGGGGGUAAUAUGCUGAAACGUAGUUAGCAUUCCACUUUGGCCUGAACUGUCGUGCCAGCUUGGCCACUCGAAAACACUGGUUCAAGAUCGUCCAUUUGCACGUGCCUUGCGCACCAUCAGCUUGCCUUUGCCCCGCAGGUAGAGUAAAGGUAACUGCAGCUUUUUAUGCACUGCCUCUGUACAGAGCUCAGCACUAAAGCUCACAUGGGAAAGUGCUGUUGCCAUUUCUAGCUAUACAGCUUGUGUGUAUUGUAUGCUUGACUUCCUUUCUUGCAUGUUAGUGGAAAAUGGAACAUUUGUAUAUGCCAAUACUUUUCUGUUUCUACUGUUAUAUAUACAAUAAGCUCCUGCGUGCUACUGUCAUCUUUUAACUAAUUUAAAAAUACCUAGUUAUUUAGCAUUCACUCGUUGAAUGUUGCUGUAAAAAAAAAGUGCCCUGGAAUUUUUUAAGGGUGGCUUGAGCAAUUCUUCAUUUAUUGGUGUUAUUUAUUGACAUGCUUGUUGUGAUCAACAUCCAGCAUUCUUAGCUGGACGUAUACAGUGAAGGCAGUUUUGCCAUUGUACUUAACGCUAACACGGUUUCCUCUGCAGAGGGUGUUUAUUCUUUUGGAGAUGCUUUUUGAUCAUCUUGUGUCCGUGUUCAGAAGCACUGCUGCUUUGGACACGUCAGAGCAAAAGGUGGAAUAAACUGCCUUUUGGAGACAGCGA